GUUGGCGAUAUAGUAUCCAUCAUCGAAAAAGUGACACCUUUUAGUGAUAAAGAUAAAUCGUGGUGGAAAGCUAAAUUGACAAUUGCUAAAAACGAAAACGGCAAAAUUAUUCUCGGCAAAAAAUUUGAGGUCGGAUUAUUUCCGAGUGAAUGCGUCAAGAUAUUCGACGAUAAAGCUGGACCGCCAGCUGAUCAACAGCUAUUUUCCGCAAAAAAAGGCGCAGCUGCCACUUCUAUCAAUGGUCACACUUUCUUGAAACCAACCACAAACUUAGCACCAACAAUCAAGAAAUCAACAGGAUGCCAUCCAUCGCGACGAGAUCGUUCUUUAGUACGAACAUUGUUACGAAGACAUGCGGAACGACAAACUCCGCUCGUCUUCGGGACUGAUCUUGUUGAAUAUUUGCAGAAAACCGGUGAAGAUGUACCAUUAAUAUUGAAAAAAUGUGUGGAAGUAAUCGAAAUGCAUGGUAUUGUUACUGGCGUUUAUCGUCAAUGUGGCAUACAAUCAAAUAUACAAAAACUCAGGAACGGUUUCGAUUCAGGGCAUUUGCCAGAUUUGCGUGAUGAAGCUAUCUUAAAGGACAUUCAUUCCGUUUCGUCGCUUUUGAAGCAGUACUUUCGUCAGCUACCGAAUCCACUGUUCACAUUCGAACUUUAUCCGGAAUUUAUAGAUGCAUAUGAAACAACUGAUGACGAGCAAGCUAAUCGAUUUAAAGAUGUCAUUGGAAGGUUACCACGUGAACAUUACAGGUAA